AUGUACGCUUCCGCCUUGUCCCUCGCCAGAUGGGGGAUUGUCUUCUCCUCUGUGGCUUCUGCUGCUGCCAGCAAUGUCCAUGUUGCCCCUAGAGCUACCAAUGCCCCCUCAAGCGCAGCAGCAGCGCCCAAGGUCACCGCUAUCACAGGAUGCCAUCUCCACGCCUCAGAUCUAUACUGCUUCGCUGGUGAGACAGAAUACGUGGUAGACAUCAAGGUCACUGCCACUACUGAUGUUCCCUCUCAAUAUACCGACUGCCAUGCCCAUGGCUCUGAUAUGUUUUGUGUCGGCUCUGAUGGUAAAGAUGUUGCUGUUCAAGCUGAAAGUGCUGAGUCGGAAGAAGAUCACGAUCAUGAAGCAGGUGAAGAAGACCACGACCACAGCCAUGGAGAAGAUGCAGCCCAAACAGGAGCUGCUGGUGACAAAUCUGAGGAAAGUGAUAAUCAACACUGUCACUUCCACGCUGGUGUCGAGCAUUGCACAGGUGGAAGCGGUCACGGUAGCUCAGAGGCUGGCGAGGCAGCUGGUUCUUCAUCUUCUGCCUGUCAACCUCGCAAAAGAGAUUACGAUGUUGGUCUCCGUGUCGGUCUUCUCUUCGUCAUUUUAGCCACAGGUGCCCUGGGUGUCUUUGGUCCCAUCCUCUUGCACAAGAUGAUGCCUAGUAAACUCAACGUUGUCCUCAUUGUCUUGAAGCAAUUCGGCACUGGUAUCAUCAUCUCUACCGCCUUUGUCCACCUCUACACCCAUGCCUUCCUCAUGUUCAGCAAUCAAUGUAUCGGCGACUUGGGUUACGAGGCUACCACAUCCGCCCUCGUUAUGGCUGGCAUUUUCAUGUCUUUCCUCGUCGAAUACAUCGGAAACCGCAUUGUUCUCGCCAAGACGAAGGCUUCUGCUGAUCUUUCCUUGACUGAGAAGAAGAGCGCGUGGCUCUCCACCGAGGUUGUCAGUGUUCUUGUCAUGGAGCUUGGCAUCCUCUUCCACUCUCUCCUCAUUGGUUUGACUCUGGUUGUCGCUGGCGAUGAGUACUUCCUCACUCUAUUCGUUGUCAUCCUUUUCCACCAAAUGUUUGAGGGUAUCGCCCUCGGAAGCCGAAUCGCCACUAUCGGGACUGCUGCCGACACUCACAGCGUCGUCGUUCCUCGUCCUUCUGAUGACACAUCCUCCGCACAGGACUCGGACAAGGCUCCUCCUGCUGCUACCGAAACCAUCUCCAACGAUGAGACGGCCCAUGUUGGCCUCACUAUGAAGAAGAAGCUCGGUCUUGCUUCCCUCUUUGCCUUCAUCACCCCCAUCGGAAUGGCUAUUGGUAUUGGUGUUCUGCAAAAGUUCAACGGUAACGACAAGUCCACACUUAUCGCCAUCGGUACCCUCGACGCUGUCUCUGCUGGUAUUCUCAUGUGGGUCGGCCUUGUCGAGAUGUGGGCUGCAGACUGGAUGACUGGAGGCCAUGGUCACAAGGCUGAGCUCGCCGAUGCCAACAUCCUCACAACUAUUCUUGCUUUCCUGGGCUUGGUCGCUGGCCUUGUGGUGAUGAGUCUCCUGGGAUAG